AUGGCUAGUGAGGAGAGUUUUGUUGUUUUGGUGCACCACAGAGGAUCUGUUAAUAGAAAAACUCGUUCCGGAGUAAAGUUCACAGAUAAGAAUCCUCUAUGUAUUGUCAUAACAUCUACGACGAGUUACGAUGACCUUGUUAGCGCUGUACUAAUGAAGCUUGGUCUGGAGGGUGCGAAGCGGGUAAAGAAGUUUUUCUAUCGCAUUCCAGUCACGGUGCUACAGAAUACGGUGAAGUAUGAUUGCUUCACGAUUAAUAAUGAUGCGGACUUGCAAGUAAUGUUUCUCUGUCGGCGGCAGUUUCCGGAGGUGAGGACACCGGAGUUGUUGGCCCGGCUGGUUGAUGUUGUAUCCAGCUCCGGCGGUUCGAACAGGAAUACGAACACUAUAGCGAAUGCAGCAGGUUCUAGUUCCCGGCCUGCCGUUGCUUCCUCGUCCGUCCCUGUGUACGAACCAGUGGUCCAACAUGUCGCCUCCCCAUCUUUCGCUGUUGACCUCAAUGCCACCGAAGGCGACGAGGAGACGGUUUUUUUGGACGAUGAAGACGAGGAUGACGUCGAGCCGGAUAUGAUUGACGAUGAUAGCGCUGAUGAUAUUGGAGCGACUGGGCCUGCAUUGGAGGUAGGUGGUUCUAGCUCUGGCACACAGCAGUAUCCACCACAUUUUUCCUCAUUGGACUUGGACGCCAUGAGACAUGAGGGGGUUUUAGGGCACGCUGUUGGAUUCGGAGCUAGAGAUGCGGAAGGGAGUACUGGUCUGACAGAGUUCCAGGUUGGUCAGCAAUUCCAGGAUAAAGAUGAGGCCCUUUUAAGUGUGAGACUUACAGCAUCCGGCGAGGGGUACAGUACAAGGUGGUGGAGUCCGAUCACCGCCGGUAUGUGGGCAAGUGUUCCGAGUUUGGGAAUGGGUGCACAUGGUUGA